AUGGAGCUUAUCAAGUCGUUCAUGUCUGAGAACUGUCCAGCAAAGAAACUCGUACUGCUCCAAGCACUUCGCGCCACUCUCGAAACACUACGGCCGGACGACCUUGUCAUGAGCGACAACGCCACACUUUGCGCGCUCACCCAAUCGCUGUUGCUCAGCGGCACCCCGAAUGAUACGGGCGAUGAGGAAGAUAGUCGACACGAGAAAAACGAUUUUCCCGGCAUUGCUGAAGCUGCUAGUGCAGGAAUGAUUUGCGCCCACAUCCUCAUAAAGAGCAACGCAUCAGAGUUGACCGGACUACACGACUUUGUGACGCCGUUAAAAGUUCUGUGUUUCGCACACAACAAAGCUGAAUUACCUUGGUGCAGUGAAGAGUCAGUCGCGGCAUCGUCAGCACUGUCGUCGCAGCUGAAGUGCAUGUUUUCUGUGCCAAAAUUACUUCUUUCCGUGCUGAAAUACAUUCAACCAAAACUUACCAAGGAGACCUGGAAGAAGAAUCCUUGCUACAGGCAUGUCUACCGGGAAGUGCUCUUUAAGCUUUCUCCGAAUGAUAUGGCUGAUGUUCUGCCGAUCGUCAUGGCACCAGCGUUACUGCUUGUAGAUGACUAUAUGACCUACAAUCAGAGACUUGGUCUCACUUGUGUUCGCUGUAUCAUUGUCAGUGUUCCUCCGAGUGACCUUGAUCAGUACGGCCGCCUUGAGGUGCUCUUUGAUGCUCUCAAACAUUUGCUGUAUGUUAAAGAGCCAGACAUAAUAGUUGAACUCCACACAGGAUUACGAAACUUGAUUUUCAGUGACUACUUGGAUGCUCUUCGCACAUUCCGCACCAAAGAUGACAGGCGGCAAAAAAUGGCAGAUUAUGUGUACUGCGAGUUGCUCACGGCAGCCGAGGUGGAGCAGACGUUUGCUCUAAGGAAGGCUUACUCAAGCCAGUUUGCACCCUACAUUAAAUGUCUUGGAAUGGAUGUUGUGAAGUACAUGGACAAGACGUUAAGAGUCCUUUUGGAAUACAUGGAAAUGCAUGACACAGAUGAGCAGAUCUGCAGGAGGAAUGCCUUAUUGUCACUAGCAAUGCUUAUCAAACAAUCGUGGCCAAGAAUUCAGUUUCAUUUCAGGAGGAUUAUAGAUAGCAUCUUCAAGCUGGCCUAUGACCUAUGUGAACAUGGCAACUCUGCUCUGUGGGACGAUAUUGGCAACUGCCUCUACUUGCUGCAACAAUCUUGUCCCAAGCAGUUCCAAGAAUUCCAUGAAGAUCUGCUUUUUUUAAAGGAUGAUAAUAUUCCUGGUAUUGCAUCAUUGCUUGCGUGUUUGGGUACUAGGCAGAUGACAUGAGCAUUGCUGUAAAGAUGCACUGUUCAGUGCUACCAAAGAAGUACUAGGCAGAGGUAAAACAGUGCAGCUGUUUUAUUGUUUUUGUUGACAUGUGGCGGUGCCCACUAGUGACCGGUUGUAAAUUUGGCAAAGUAGUAUGUCAUUUCAUCUUUCAAUCAAGAGUUGCUGUGAAGACUGUCCUGCUCACAUGAAGUUUGUCAAGGUGUAUCUUACUGGACUACAGAAUAUUCAUGCUACCAAGUGCUUUGUAUGUUAAACUGCCCACAAUGCACAAAAGUUUGUGCAAGACAAGGACAUUAAGUGGACAUUAAAAAAAUGAGUGACAGUGUUAACAUGCUACUCAACCAUUGAUUACAUAAUCUGCCUUGUCAAAACUGAUUUUGUGGCUAGUGUUAACUGACCACACAAUGUGUAACAAAACAUAGUUACCAGUACAUGCAGUAAUUAUAGUACAAAUCCAAUUUUUUCUUGCGCUGCCAUAUGCAUGGUCGCUUACAAAUCACUUCGCUUUACAAGUUGCAGUAAAAUUCUGUUGUAUGUAACAGAGAACUCUGUAGUUCACUUGUCUUAUUCAAAGUGUGCAUAAAUAUAAGCCAUCAGUAAGAUGACCAGGAAAACAAUUACGCUUGUGCUCAAUUCUUAGGGGUGGUUAGAAGCAAGUAGUUUUCAUGGAAAUGGCAUCUUUGUGAGAACACAUGGCAUACAUGGAUGUCUGUUCUGCACUACAGCUAUCUUAUCCACAACUUCCAAUCCCUCAUCCCCUUCCACAUGCAAAGUAGCAUGUAGGCAACAUUGCACACACCAGCAGAAGUCUGCAUUCCACUGAACUUUCCCUCUAUCUCUCACCUGAUAUUAUGCAUAUCAACAAAAGUUAAAAGCCCCAUUACUUAAGGAGGAUACACAAAAUUCUGCAUACGGUGUUCUUUACAAAUAACAAAGGUCUAGCAACCAAGCUAUGGAACUUUAAUCACUCCAGCAAAUGAAAAAUCUGUCAGAUCUGCUCAUAAUGUGAUGGCAGCUGGUGCAAUAUUAUGUGCAGCAAGACCCCUGGAGUGAUGGGCCGAUAAUCUAAGUUACUGUUGGGCUGAAGUCUGACUUUGUAUGCAGUUGAAAUGUCUGAUGUGGAGGUACUUUGGCAUCGGCAUAGCCUAAGACAAAGAACAGCCAAGACUUGCAAGCUGGGCUGAGUUUGCUAGUUGGCCUGAGCACGAGCAAAGGUGUGCAGAGGUUCAGCGUGUACACCACACUGCCAUUGUGCAGCAUCCCGCCUCUUCAAUUUCAUUUUUUCCACCCGAAUUUUCGGUCAUACAACAUUUCAAAAUCAUAAUUGUUGCUCAACUUGCUCUGGUGAUUUUUGUUAUGGUAGCUCAGAAAAAUGUUAAACAUUUGGAUAAAUGUAAAGUUACUCAUCACUGUAAAUUUACUCGUCAUUUAUCAUGGCUAUAUCGCUUGGAUUUUUCGCCCAAAAGUCUACAAUAACAUUACUCAUGUGCAAGGCAAACACAUAAAGUCAUCAGGGCUUAUUAACCCAAAUUCAAGCCAGGGGAGGGGUGUAUAUAAAGUUCAUUGGGAAAAUUUCCUUGCGACAACUUAGUGCAAGAAGACUUUUUGCGACAGUAUGGCCACAAAUAAUAUGUGGUGUCUAAAACAGACCAUCAAUAUAUAGGUGAGGCGUAAACUCUUAAUCGCUCAUGGGACGCGUCGUCUGCUCGGCGCUUCCGGUUCAACCGCUGACGGUUCCGGCGCACGAUUCUCCGAUGCGGGGCUGGUCGCGCUUGCUCUCUGUGCACUUUCAUCAUAAGGUAUCGUUCACGCUGCAAAUAUCUAGAACCUGUGACGGUUGCAUCGGUGACUGACCAUUAUAUCUGAGCAUAGGCAGUCAUUUAAAACAUUUUUUUCCUAGCCGAAUCGAUCGAACACGUGAAUUAGGUAUGCGUGCUGUCGCAGUCACGGGCUUAACAUGAAUGACGAGUCGCACUUUCGUGUUCUCAAGUGAAUUAUGUUUGGAUCAACAAUGUGAGUGAUCUAACAUUUCAAUCGUGAAUAUCAGAUUUGUGCUAGAGCCCGUCGUAUACACUAACGUGUUUGCAUUUCGUAGUCUUUGAUAAAUCGCGUUGCGUAAGCGCGCACAGCUAAGAACCUUGAAUUUCCUUAAAAAAAAAAAAAUACCUUCCACACAUUUAGCUUUUCGAACUUUUAUACCACUGAUAACGUAGAGCUUGGACAAGUUGGUAUGACAUAUUAGGAAUUUUAUAGCAUUUUACAGCGAACUUUUAUAUAUGUUUUGCGAUGUUUAUAUAUGAAUCAUGCAUGUGUGGUUUUGUAAAAUAACUUGCUGUCCUCCACGUUAUUGAUAAUAUUUCAUGGAACAUGCUUAAUAACCAAACGUUAACCACGUGGUCGGCAAUAGUUAUGUAGGAUAUGGAACAUGAGGUAUGCUAGAAUUUUAGUGUUCGUCGACUGCAGUUGACUUCCAUGCACGCUUGAGUCUGUCUUAAUAUGCUUUCGACGUGUAUAAGUAAAACAUUGCAGCUUUGUGAUCGCUAGGCCAGUGUCUCUCGUCUUGUGCCCCUUUCACAAAACAUACGAGAAAAAUUACGGUCUACGCCUUUUAAAUCCUCCGAGUACAACACCUUGCUCAUCUUGCAUCGAGCACUAAAUUCAGGUCGCAGGUGUUCGCUUAAAUGUUUUCCAAGACAAUCGUGCCAAGAAAAAGCUUGGAUUGGAACCGCCCGCCCGCCUGUAACGCCUCCACUA